AUGUCCGAAGAGAGGGAUCUUCAAGCAAAGAUCGCAGCUCUGUCAGGCCGCAUAAACCUCCACAAGCAAGCUACAGGAAUCCCUCCACAGGACCAAACGUACGGUCACGGAUAUGGACGAGGCGCUACGAACUGGCUUCCUCAGCGAGGGACACCAUAUGGAUACUCUCGUGGUCGAGGCGGCGCGAAGCCCGUGCCACCAGUGCAUCGGAAUCGCAAGCUUAUCUUGAACAACUCACCACCCGUACCAGAUGCUACGCCAGGGGACACCUCAGAACGAGAUGAUGGCGCAUUGUCAUCAGGUGCCGGAAACAAGGCGCCAGCUUUCGUGACCAAACAGGGCAGGCACAUGCAGCUCAUCAACAAUUCUAUAUACGACAAGUUCAGCCAAGAACGGGCCAAGGCGAUGCAAGAGAGCUUCGAACAGCGAAAACUUCAACGUAACGAACGAGAGCUGGCUAGGCUUGGCAAGCAUUUCCAACUCACCUCCGCACCGUAUCACCCAGGUCAUACUGCAACGGAAGCCCCUUCUCACGUCAUCAACGUAGGAGACCUGCGCUUUCGAGUUACAGACGGCGGCAGCAAGCUUAUCCGGCUUACUGGUACGUCCUCUUGUCCCGACGACGAGGCCGCCUCUCACUUCGCAGAUGAUGCGACCGUUGGCGCCAAGACGACCCCGAGACAGACCAAAAUCGGCGGAGUGACCUUCGUCAGGAGUAAGCACGGCAACUUGGGCAAGAAUAUCAUAAAAUCCGAACAACCUUGUCCAAGGUUCACGUCAACUGGUACCUGUCCCGAAGGACCCCAUUGUCGUUUCGUUCACGACCCGAACAAGGUCGCUAUCUGCAAGGACUAUCUUGCGAAGGGCGCCUGCCUUGCCGGCGAUGCCUGUGACCUUUCCCACGACCCUACGCCCAACCGUGUCCCAGCAUGCUUGCAUUUCCUUCGUGGCAAUUGCACGAAUGACAGCUGCCGCUAUGCCCAUAUACGAGUCAAUCCCGGAGCCCCAGUGUGCCGCGUAUUCGCGACCUUGGGAUAUUGCGAGAAGGGCGCAGAGUGUGCCGACAAGCAUGUAUUUGAAUGCCCUGACUAUGCUAACAAAGGUCUUUGCCGCAACAACAAGUGCCGUCUUCCGCAUGUUGAUAGAGCUGGCCAAAUCCGCAAGCGCACCGCUCAAUCGUCCGCCACGUCGUCACCGGAGGCUGGAUCCUCAGAUCUAUCCAGCGAUGAGGACUUCGACGAGAUUGGCAGCGACGACGUGGACUCUGAUGGCUUUCAGGAGGAUAUGCGGAUGCAGGAUACCAACGACGGCGGUCACGAGCUCACCCAGCAGCGGGACUUUGUGGCCUUUGGAUCCUGA